GUGUGCAAAAUGUGCCGGUUUAUUACGGCCUCACGUCGUCUGGUUCGGUGAAUCUUUAGAUCCUGAUAUUUUGAUGGCUGCCCAGCACGAAUUGGACCAGUGUGAUUUAUGUUUAGUUAUCGGUACUUCAUCUGUCGUUUACCCAGCCGCCAUGUUUGCUCCAGCCGUGGCGGACAGGGGUGUUCCAGUAGCAGAAUUCAACAUUGAAUCCACGCCAGGAACUGAAAAUUUUGGAUUCCACUUUGAGGGCUUCUGCGGCAGCACAUUACCCAAGGCGCUGGCAGUUUAGCCGAGAACACCCGCCACCAUGCUAACACAGCUAUAGGACAAUGUAGCAAUCUCCAACCCAGACUGGCAUCCGGUCCGGCCGGGAAAAUUCCUGCCAGUCGAAAGACUAGACUAUCUCAUGGUGCCUACGUGGAUCGAGCUUGCUAGCAUUCACAACACUCGCGCCGAUUCGUCGAAAAACGCGAGCGGUCGUUUUCUCGAGUUUUAGGAAGGUAUUUUGGAGAAGAAUAAAAAAAAAACUUUUGCAGUUCAAAAUUUUAAUGCCUAAGACUUGUGCCUGAAGAAAAGAUUCAAAAAGAAAUUUUUGUUUUUAUUUUACAAGACUAUGUCAAGAGAACAUGCCUUCGUUGCAAGAAAAAAGGAUGCAGUUAUUUCCACUAGUCGCCAGAAGUCGGUUGGUGUGUGUUUAUGUAGAUAAUGUUUCUUUAGUCAGCAAUAUAUGAUCUAUUUGAAAUAAAAUACAGCUUUCAUUUCA